AUGAGGGCGGUACCGUACAGCCCGCUCUGGCGCAAACUCCGUCGCCUGACCGCCGUCGAGCUCUUCUCCACCGCCCGCCUCAACGCCGUCGAGCUCCUCUCCACCGCCUGCCUCAACUCCUCCCUCAGCCUGCGCCACGAUGAGGUCAAGCAGCUCGUCCGCGGCCUGUUCGACAAGGUUUCGGGUGUCGGGUCGGGUUUCGGGAAGGUGGAGAUGAAGUCAAGACUGUCGGGUCUUUCGCUGAACAUAUUGAUGAGAAUGGUCGCUAGGAAGAGGUAUUGUCGGGUCUUUCAAGAGGUGAUAAGCGAGGUGUUUGAGCUGAGCGGGGCGUGGAAUCCUGCGCACUUGUUGAAUUAG